AUGGAGACACCGCGCACGCCGCGCAUGCGAAGCGCUUUCCCUGCGACUCCUCAGACAAAUGCGAGGAAUAGCAGGUCAGCACCAUUCGGCCGAUCCUCACCGGGCGUACAUUCAAAACCACUCCCUCAGAUCCCAACCCUCAGAGCACAACCGAGCGCACCCAGCGAUCCUUUCAUACCAGAGCGCAUUAUCGAUGCGCCGUCACAGCGGCUAUAUGCAGUCGCACUAUGGGUAGCGUUAUGGACGUGGCGGAUAUUCGACUUUAUCGGCCUGCAAGAGUCAGAAGAGCAGAGUUUAUGGCUGUUCAUGAAAUGGGUCGCAAUAGAUGGAGUGUUUUUGUUUGGGCUACCUGGACUACGGAUACCAUGGCUGGAGUGGAGUUCCUUGACCAUGACGUUGAUAUUUUUGGCACACGCAUUCGCAGAUGGCAUGCUGAUGUUCAGAGUACCCAUUCCGAUAUGGGCAGGAAUUGCGGCGCUGGGUAGAGGCUUUUGGGGAGCGUACGAGAUGGCUGUGAACGAGCACAACGUGAACCCUGAUACGGUCACGUUUAACGAUUCGUUGAUCUUGGGAAGACAGGUCAUUCACAUCUUGCCAGAAGGAUCUGCGAUUCUGAAUCCAGAUCGCACUUCAUUCUGCCUUGACCAGACAAGGACAGAGGCUAGGCUGCCGAUUAUGAUCAAUGCAACGACCCCGAUUGGGAUGGACAUCUUGCGAGUAGAUUUGGAUCAACCCGGCGUCAACGAGACUUUGCACAUCAGCAAGUCACAGAUCAAGAAAAUGCACCAAGAGGCCUCUCGGUUGCUAUCGUACAACGAAAAUCCGAACGAGCCCAAGACACUUUACUACACUGUCAAGAAGCCCGGUCUGUACGCUCUGGCGAAAGUUCUGGACGAGUCCAAUCUGGAAGUUGCGAGGAAGAGGAUGGCACACACCGUGGUUGUGCCCUGCCCAAAGGCAGAGCUCAUGUCUUCGCCAAAGGAUCGAUGCCGAGGUGAGCUCUCAGAUACUGCCCUGCAGGUGUUCGGAACUCCUCCCAUGAGAGUCAAGUACCGCAAGGUGGUGAACAAGUCAGUGCAGGAGGCCACCUUCGAAAACAUACAGCCUGAGGAUCUCGUCUCGCCUCUGGCCAAACAAGAUCACACCUCCUUGGUCGUGCCCAACAACGUACAUGCGGAUUGGGCAAAGACUCGGAGCGUUCGCGUUCCCAUUAGCGAGGGGCUUGGAGUUGCAGGCAGGUGGGCGUACGCCAUUGACCAGAUCACGGACGGGUUUGGGAACGUGGUGACCUACAAUACUCGCGAAAAAGAGGACCGAGAUCAGCCUGCUGAUAAGUCUUUGCAUCUUCACGAUACGUUCAUGGUACACGAGCGUCCUACGGUCGUUCUCGAUGGCUGUACGCCGCAGCGGCCAUUGAAGGUCGCAAAGGACAACACCGCCAGCCUGCCACUCAGAUACGGAUCCACAGGCAAGGGACCGAUCCCCGACGCCACAUAUCGCUUGGACUACCUCUUCAGCCCAGAGGAUAGCCUGGCUCCCAACGGUAACCAUGGUGUGUCCCCAAAGAGAAGCACUUUCCCAGACUACCGCAGCAACCAGUCACCCAAGAUCAGGGAGCCUGGCCUUUACACCAUCAGCGGAGUUUCUACUGAAUUCUGUUCCGGCGAUGUCCUGGAGCCUGCUUCAUGCCUCCUUCAGAACCCACCUGAGCCAAAGCUCUCGAUAGCCCAGCAGGAGAUGUUCGACAAGUGUGCUGGCAGCCCCAUCGGCCUCAGUGUUGAUCUGGAUCUGAUCGGUACGCCUCCAUUCAAUGUCGAAUAUCGCAUGACGCGAGCUGGCGACAGGAUUCAUCCAACACUAAACGAGAUCGUCCACGGACAUCGCGGACAGUUGAUCCUGACCCCUCGAGAGGCCGGUCAAUACACGUACGAGUUCAUCAGCGUGAGUGAUGCAGUCUACAAGCAACAACUGAUGAAAGGCCUUCGACUACAACAGUCUGUCAAGCCUUCUGCAUCAGCCAAGUUCAGACCAAGCGAGCAAAAGACGUCAUGCAUUGAUCAGACUGCGAAGUUUGACGUAUCUCUUGCAGGCGAGGGACCUUUCAACCUCGAUUACGAGCUCAUCCACAACGGGAAGCGCGAGAGGUACAGCAUUGAGAAUGUCACGAGUAACAGCAUUGAUAUUGAGACCAAGCCUUUGAAAGAGGGUGGUGACUACACUGUGUCACUUACGAGUAUCACCGAUCGGCUGGGCUGCAAAGAGUUUCUGUCAGACGAAGCCAAAAUCAACGUCCGACAUCAGAAGCCAAAGGUCAGCUUUGGACCUAUCGACGGUCGGAGGAACAUCGACAUUCUCGAAAGUCGACGAGCGCAACUUCCUCUUCGACUUGCGGGUGAAGCCCCUUGGACUGUCACAUACACCGAUGCAAACGGUACUCCUCAGCUUCUACGUGCAAACAAUCCUAACGAUCGCCUUGAUGUGGAGCAGGAGGGCACAUACAAGCUGAACGACGUUUCUGACAACGUCUGUCCUGGCUUAGUCGAUGAGGCAGCGAACGAGUUCGUCGUCAACUUCAUUCCAAGGCCAGAGUGGCGUGUCAACCCGAGUCAGAUCAAGGAGCAGAAAGGCAGCUCCCUUUUCAAAGGAGAUGUUUGCGAAGGGGACGAGGAUUCUGUGGAGGUGCUUUUCAAGGGAACUCCGCCAUUCAAGCUCUCCUACGUGCAGAGCGUGAAACCAGGACAUGGUACCGUUGCGCCCAAGAACAAGGAGCUUCGCGCGGCACUCAAGACCGCAUCUUUACGCAUGGACACGUCGCAAGUCGGAGCCUACGAGUACAAAUUCUCCAAGCUCGAAGACAGCAACUACGACCACAACCUGAGGUCUUUCAGUCCGCUCACGAUCCACCAGAAGGUCAACUCACGCCCAUCUGUGGCCUUCACGAAUCCAGGCAAGACGUACAGCUUCUGCAGCGUAGAGUCAGACGGCGAAGAAGUCAUACCUGUGACACUCCACGGCGAACCACCUUUCGAGCUCGAGGUAGAGAUCAAGCACCACGGCACCAGCAAGCCCGAAAUCGUGCAUUACACUGCCAUCAACUCCAAGACUCACAACAUCCACAUCCCUCACAACCGUCUGCAUCUCGGCAAGUCGGCUGUCUCACUCCGCCGUGUCAGCGACGGACGAGGCUGCGCUCGCACAAUGGACAGCACGACUCCCCGCGUCCAAAUCUCCGUGCACGACGCACCAACCAUCACGCCCCUCGACGCCCUGACCGACUACUGCAUCGGCGACCGCCUCAACUUCGGUCUCUCUGGCGUCGCCCCGUUCACCAUCUUCUACAACUUCGAAGGCCACGAACGCAAAGCCAACGUCAACUCCGGCACGACCUUCCGCCGCCUCGCUGAAAAGCCCGGAAUCUUCACCAUCACUGGCCUCCAAGACUCCGCCUCCUCCUGCCGCGCCUCCACCACCAUCACCAAACACAUCCACGGCAUGCCGUCAGUGCGCGUUUCCAAAGGCCGGGAUUCCUACGUCGACAUCCACGAAGGCGGCGAAGCGGAGAUUCUGUUUGAAUUCGGCGGUGAGCCGCCUUUCGAGUUCACGUAUACGCGGUCUUCGAAUACGGAGAAGGGAGGGAAGAAGGGCAAGGUGCUGGAUAUGAGGAGUGAGGUUAGUGAGGAGAGGAGUUUGAAGGUCUGGGCGAGUGAGGAGGGGACGUAUGAGGUGACUACGAUUAAGGAUAAAUUUUGUUCCUACACCAAGCCUGGGGCCGGGGUGGAUGACAAGGGGAGGAAGAGGUUGGGAUUUUGA